GCACAAGAAUCGGAAGCAGGUUUCGACUUUGAAAAGCUAGUUUAUUUCACAGGAAGACAAAUACAUAGCGAUACCAGCUGGCAAGUACAACACAUUUCGUAAUGAGCGAUACGGAGUGUGACUCAAGGAAGCGAACGAGGGCUCAAGCUGGGCUAGACAAUGAAAACGAAAUCCUGUCGCUGAGUCCAAUCAACUUUAAGCCGGCGCUCUGUUCAAUGGCUCCUUACAGCGAUGAGGCGAAGGCGGAAGAAGAACGCGAAAAAGUCGACUACAGCAUUCGAAUAUCGAUGGAGUUGGCAGAGUCUGGAACCGCUCCCCGGCCGGUGCGGGUGUACGCAGACGGAGUCUACGACAUGUUCCACCAAGGUCACGCCAGACAGCUCAUGCAGGCGAAGAAUGUCUUUCCACGUGUCUACCUGAUAGUCGGAGUUGCCUGUGAUGAGGACGUACACACUCUGAAGGGCAAGACUGUAUGUACAGAAGGCGAGCGAUACGAGGCGCUGAGACAUUGCCGCUAUGUGGAUGAGGUCUACACAGCCUGCCCCUGGGUGAUAACCACAGAGUUUCUGCAAGAGAACAAGAUUGACUUUGUUGCUCACGAUGAUCUUCCAUAUGGUGGAACCGAAAGUGAAGACAUAUACAAGCCACUUAAGGACAAAGGGAUGUUCAUAGCAACACAACGAACCGAAGGUAUCUCUACGUCGGACGUGGUGGCGAGAAUCGUGCGUGAUUACGACGUCUACGUCAGGAGGAAUCUUGAGCGAGGGUAUUCAGCCAAGGACCUCAAUGUUGGUUUCUUCAAGGAGAAAACAUACCACCUGCAAAACAAGGUGGAUGCAGUGAAAAUGAAGGCCAAGUCAUAUCAAGAGAAAGGCAGGAACCUGGUGCAAAACAUAGAGCAGAAAAGUAACGACCUAAUGAUGAGAUGGGAGGAAAAGUCAAGAGAUUUUAUCAGCAACUUCCUUCUUCUUUUUGGAAAGGAGGGCAGAAUUAAUCAGCUGUGGCAGGAUGGCAAGGGUAAGAUCAAGCAGGCCAUCUCGCCGCAGAACAGCCCUGAGCGGGAAGAUGAGUUCCUCUACGAGCCGCCAAGCAUGAAGAUGGCGCGAUACGACGAUACGCACGCCGCCGGCUCCGCCUACGAGGGCUACCGCCGCACCACGCUAUGAUCGGUGGACGUGCCCGUGCCACGGCCGUCAACGCAGUCGCACGCGACAUAGCAUUUAAUAUUCGGUGCAUCAGGUGUGAACUUUGGUCAUCAGGGUUACCGGGUGCAUGCGAGCAGCCGUUAGAUAUUAGUGGGCUUUCGAACGAUUUACCGCAGUGUCGGCAGGUGAAGGUAGUUUAGGUUCACUAGAUGUGAUUGCACGUCGGUGAAGGAUAAUGCCUAAGUCUGUGACGACAGUGAGAAUAAGUUUCUUACAUCUUGUCGUCUCGUCUGUCCAUACAGGUAUGUCAAUAUUUUGGUAACAGAUGAUGCUCACACGUCGUUAUGCAACAGAAACGUAUAGUUGUAUCUGAGAAAUGUCGAAUUGUUAAACUGCUCGUGGAAGUGCUGCUUAUAAAUAGGCCGGUAUAGGCAGAUAAAUUAUAAUUUUCAUAUAAGUAUCUUUUGUGCAAUAUUUAUGGCCUAUAUGUGAGGAAGUGAAAUUUAUAAGGUUAAUAUCUGAGUUAAAAAUAUUUGCCUCAGUAUUUUAUGGAGACAUGAACCAUUAAGCCUAGCGCAGACUUGUGACUUUUUCAUGCAACUUGGCUGCGAUUCUAGAAUCGCA